AUGAACACCCAUAAGACAGACGGCACUGCUACUGCUGUGGGUGGUGAAGAUGAAGAAGGAGAUGGUGUCGAUAUUGGUAAAUUGCAUAAAUUAGGACAUAUACGUGUGGAUAACGAGGGUAAUGUGACAUUUAAAAGAUUACCGAUUACUCAAUUAGUUGAAGCAUUACAGUUGGGUAUACAAUAUACAGUCGGUGGCUUACAAGCCAAAGCAGCAAGAGAUGUUUUAUAUAAAGAUUUCAUUACUGUUGAAAUUAUUCAUUUUCCAAAUGAUUUUACAAUUCGUUCCUAUGCACCCGUAGCAUUUCGACAUUUUCGAGAAUUAUUUAAUAUUAAACCAGAAGAAUUUCUUAAUUCUAUUUGUAAACCUUUGAGAGAACUACGUAAUCCAGGUGCUAGUGGUAGUCUAUUUUAUUUAACAUCUGAUGAUGAAUUUAUAUUAAAAACUGUACAAAAAAAAGAAGCAGAAUUUUUAAAAAGUUUAUUACCAGGAUACUAUAUGAAUGUCACACAAAAUCCACGAACUUUAUUACCAAAAUAUUUUGGUCUGUAUUGUUAUCAGGUCACAGAAUUUAUGUCGAGAAAACAUGAGGGUUCUGUUGGUGAAAAUAAAAAUAUUCGUGUUAUUGUUAUGAAUAAUUUAAUUCCAUCUCAAGUACAUAUGCAUGAAAAAUAUGAUUUAAAAGGUUCAACAUAUAAACGUCGUGCAUCAAGUCAAGAACGACAAAAAGAAUCUCCAACUUGGAAAGAUUUAGAUUUUAUAGAACGUCAUCCAGAUGGUUUUCUAUUAGAUGUGGAUACAUAUAAUGCUGUUGUUAAAACAGUACAGCGAGAUUGUCGGGUUUUAGAAAGUUUUCGAAUAAUGGACUAUUCUUUUUUGAUUGGUGUUCAUCAUGUUGAUCCUGCUGUGACAGCUGAGGGUGGCGCUGGAGAACGAGCUUCUGAUCCGUCUACUGUUCAACCACCAAAACGUAUGAUGUAUUCAACACCAAUGGAUACAAUAAAUGCUGAAUUUGAAGAGCAUAACAAACCAGAUGAUCAUCUUGUUGAAACAGGUGGUAUACCAGCUCGAACAGCCAGUGGUCAACGUUUAUUAUUGUAUGUUGGUAUUAUUGAUAUAUUACAAUCGUAUCGUAUACGAAAACAAUUUGAACAUGCAUUUAAAUCAGUUUUUGCUGAUGGAGCAACAAUUUCCGUGACAAAUCCAUCGUUUUAUUCUGAACGAUUUCAAAGUUUUCUAUUUAAUACCGUAUUUAAAAAGGCACCACGUGAAGCUGGAGCAACAAAAAAGUUUCGCACAAUUGCCUUACUUGCAUUACGUGGUUCUCCUCCUAAACGUCGUUCAAGAUUAUCAAAACUGCCAACACAAACGGAACAAGAUAUUUCUGUCGUUGAAAAUGAAGUACCCAUCCCCAAUGUUCCAAAAUUUAUUCCGACCGAGCGAAGGACUUCACCUGUAGUACCACGUUAUCCAAUCGUGGGAAAUCGCACAAAUUAUUCAAUACAAACAAACAUCCCAUCUUCUUCUUCAAAUCGUCGUUAUUCUCCUCAGAUGGGAGACGAGAAUGAUCGACACGUUCGAAAUUCACCAUUUCAUACCAUUAACAAUACCAAUAUACGUGGUAUUCAAACUGCAAAUUACUCACCACUCUCUUCACCUUCGUCAAGGGGAAAUCCACCACGUUAUUAUCAUCAUCCGAAAGAGAAUGAUCUAAUAGAUGAUACCAAUCAUAUGUCAACAACAACAAUAACAAACUCAUCUUCAACACGUUAUCCUGAUUUAAUUUCGCCUUCGUUACAAUUAAAAAAUUCUGCACGAUCUACAAUAAAAUGUUGA